AAAGACUGGCUUGCUGAACUAGACAUUAACUGAGACAACACACCUCAUUCAAAUGGAUUACUGUUGGGGACCUUUUGUUAACAUAAUAUGUGCCUGAGAUGCUUAUUGGAUAUCAUUUACACAUAAUGCAUUCAGGUUACAUACUGACUGAAAACACUCCUUGGAUGCAAACAGUGCAGGUAGGAGCCAUGGCGUUGCACCUGCUGGCUUUGCAUAUUUGCCUUUGGACUUGAGAACACUGGAGUAUGGCAUUGCUCAAAACUGAGGUCUAUGAGGGCCUAAACCAGUCAGAGGAGGAUGACGACUGUUUUGGUGUUCCCAUUUGUGAAAGCACCAAACUGGAGGAAGAGGAGGAAGAGCAAGUGGAAUAUUUUUGUGGGACAAGUGUUGGAGGUUCAGAACAGGACGAGGAGAAGGAUGAGGAGCAGCAGCUUCUGUUGGAAGUGCUGUGUGCAGACAGAGUGGGCCAGAUGACGAAAACAUACAGUGACAUUGACGCUGUCACUCGACUUUUGGAGGAGAAAGAGCGUGACUUGGAACUUGCCGCCCGCAUUGGGCAGUCGCUGCUGAAGAAAAACAAAGCCUUGAGUGAGAGGAAUGAGCUGCUGGAAGAGCAAGUCGAGCACAUCCGAGAGGAAGUGUCACAGCUGCGUCAUGACUUGUCCAUGAAAGACGAGCUGCUGCAGUUUUACACCAGUGCUGCUGAAGAGAGUGAGGGAGAGUCCACCACCUCCACACCUGUCCGCCCACCUGAAACUAGUGUCUCACCGCCAACAUUUUUCCCGUUGGAUUCACUCCAAAAGAAACUCAAAGAUCUGGAGGAAGAAAACAAAUCAUUGCGAUCUGAGGCAAGCCAUUUGGAAACAGAAACUAUUUCCUAUGAAGAAAAAGAGCAGCAGUUGGUCAAUGACUGUGUCAAGGAACUUCGUGAUGCAAACCGCCAGAUUGGGUCACUCGCCGAAGAACUGGCCAAAAAGACGGAAGAUGCCACCAGACAGCAAGAAGAAAUCACACACCUCCUUUCACAGAUUGUGGACCUUCAGAAAAAAGCCAAAGUGUACGCAGUGGAGAACGAGGAACUGACUCAACACUUAGGAGCAGCCAAAGAUGCCCAACGGCAACUCACUGCUGAGCUGCAAGAGUUACAGGACAAGUACGCGGAGGGUAUGGAGAUGCUGCAUGAGGCUCAAGAGGAACUCAAAAACUUCAGAAAUAAAACAUUACCUCUGAGCACACCCAGGCGCUUCCACUCACUCGGACUCUUCCCACUGGACUCUUUAGCAGCAGAAAUAGAGGGCACUAUGAGAAAAGAGCUUCAGAACGAUGACCCAGAUGUAGAAGAACAACGGCUGCAGCCAAAACGAGUAUUUCAGACCGUGAAGAACCUGAAUUUGAUGCGUCAGCAGCGGGCUUCAUUGGCUCCAUCCCCCCUGAACAUCCCUGGCUCCAACCAGACAUCCAGUUUGAACUCAGGCCGAUCCAGCAGAGAAGGCACGCCGCGCUGUAACUCUGUUUUAGGCAGUGACACAGGAAGUGGCAUUAUCCUGGACAACAGAACCAGCAGUUUUCUGGAGGCCUCAGACAAUGGAUCAGAGGACUCAAACAAGCGUCCACCAGGGACCCCAGGGACUCCGGGCAGCAAGGACCUUGAAGCAGCUCUGCGACGUUUGUCUCUCCGACGUGACAACUACCUCUCUGAAAAACGUUUCUUCGAGGAUGAAAGGGAGAGAAAAUUGGCUUACCUGGCUAAAGAAGAAGAGAAGGGGGAUGGAGAAGGUAGUGGAGAUCCCGGGACCCCCACGGAGAGCCUGUUCUCACUCUGUACACAUCCGUCCAUUGGGAGCAUCUGGUCGGGAUACUCGUUCACAGCGAGGUCUUACCUUCCCGAGAAGCUGCAGAUUGUAAAGCCACUAGAAGGCUCUGCUACUCUCCAUGCCUGGCAGCAGCUGGCCCAGCCUCACUUGGGUGGCCUGUUGGACCACCGUCCCGGAGUGGUCACAAAGGGCUUCUGCACUUUAGAUCAUGAGCAGGAGCAGGACAGCUGGCAACUCGAUCAGCCCGAGGAGGAUGAAGUUUGUUGUGACUCGUUUAACAACUCUGUCAUGGAUCUGGCACACACUACCUCCUCAUCAUCUGCCUGCUGCAACCAAAAUGGCAACAUUAAAGACAAUUUAGAAAUAUUACAAGACAAACAAGCUGUGCACAUGCCCCCUUCCUUCUCUAACUCCUCGUCUUCCUCUGAAGUGAAUGGACACUUGGACCUGAUGGAGCUCCAGACCCUACAGCCCGGUGCAGUGGGCCGCCUGCCUGUUAAUUUUCCAGGGAAGUGUAUGUCCCACACAAGCUCCACAUACACCUUCACCACCUGUAGGAUCCUGCACCCCUCUGAUCAGCUGACCUCGGUGUCACCCAGCCCAUCCAUAGCGUCAUGUCAGAGCAGUACUUGUCUUGGUACACCCACCCACACUCCAUCCUCUGUUCCUUUCUCUGCCCCAGCCACACCCUCCUACACACCUAGCUGCACCCCACGCCGUCUGUCUCUCUCCCUGUCUUUGGCUGAAUCAUCUACAAACCUGCGGGACUCAACCAGGACCACCAGCACCUCUUUGGGCCUGGUGCGCCUCCUACAGGAGCGGGGAAUAUCUGCAUCAGUGUAUGACCCUCACAGCUGGGACAGAGGCAUGGAUACUAGCACAGCAUCCACCCCCCUAGUUGACAGGACACCCUUAAAACCUGAAGAAAGACCAACCACACAGCGUCCCACCAGUUUGUUUCUAAUGCUCCCCAACACACCACCAAACUCUCCCCGUUCUUGCUUGAAAUCUGCCUCUUCGCUCGACACUAGACCCGUAUUUCAGUUCAGCCCAUGUCAGGAAGAACCACCAUACUAUGACAUCUUCCUUGCUUCAAAACCAGCUCGUACCAUUUUAAGGGAAAUUCUGGGGGAGUCUGAGAGAGAGCGUGGGGCACAGGCAGACGAUGAUAGCCAGAUGGAGACUUCAAACUUGAGACUCGUCGACAAACUGAAACGUUUUCGCACCCUCUCACCCCUGUCCACUUCAUCUGGGAGUGCUGCUUUGCUAGUCCCGUUCAGUUCAACCAGCUUAGCUAACGGUGCCCUGGGUGGGGGUCUUACAGGGCUCAAUGCUGGACUGAGGAGGAACCGGAGCUAUCCUGCUUUGGUCGGGGCCAGUAUGGCAAUGAAAGACCCAGGAGGUACAAAUAUAUUAAUACCGCAAACUACGCAAUCGACAGAAUUACAGGACGCAAGCAAAAAUCACACAAAUUCAACCCUGUUCUCAUCACAAGCAAGAGAACAUGCCCCAAUAGAGCCAGCAACACGCAGAAAAACUAGUCCAAAACUCAUAAUCCAAGAUUCAAUAGAUAGCGAGGAUGAAUUUGGGGCAUAAAGUUUUGCACAGGAAACCAAAUGGAAAGAAAAUGCCAGUGCUCUCAAGUCAAUUAUUAUGCACAGCUGUUAUUGAUUUUAGGUAAACCCUCUUUGUUGCUUGAUAAAACUGAACUCUGUUACACUGUGGUAAUUUCUAAUAGUGCUUGACCAGGCGGAGUAUGUUGCCUUCUAUUUGUCCAUUUUAUACAUGGCUGGUAUAUUCAUAUGCACUAUGCGAUAUAUGGCAUUAUGAAUUGAAGGCCUGAUCCAGAUUUUUAAAAUACUUGCAUUAAGUGCUCUUUCUCUUCAGCAUAUAUUAUUAUAUAAUCAAAUUUUAACUUUAUACCACACCGUAGUUGUUAUUCUGAAUUGUGGCAGAGUGGUUUGAGUGUUGUGGUGUGUCUGCUUGUCACCCCUGCACCUAACUCGUCAUUCUGCCUCAUAGUUGUUGUAAUGUUCAAAUGUAUGACAUUGCAUUACUAAAAAAUAAAUAAAUCUGCACUGUAGUAAUUGAUGGUAAAAAAGGGCAUACGCAGUAACUUUUUAAUUGACUAAUUUAUUGCAUUAGUUUAUUUUUAUACCUGGAAUCAAAGUUUUGUUUGUUUUAAGAUAAAAAGUGAAUUUGUAUUUUUACCUACAGUGGCAGUACUACCAGAAAUAUUUUGUGCUUGUCAUAACAGUACAUAAUCUGGAUUGGGCCUUUAAUGUGCUUCGUGAUUGAAUGUUCAUAAUGUGCCUAAAUCAUCCUAAAUCAGAUCAGAGUACAGGUCUAUUAUUUCAAAGAGCCUCCAGUGGAAAUGUAAGCAGUAGUACAUUUGAAUGAAUUUUGCAUUUUACAAACACACUUGGCAAAUCUGCUCUAGUACCUGCUUCCACAGUUCAAGGCGUUAAGGAGGUACCUGUCCAAGCACUGUGACUGUGGGACGCAAUGGGAGAUUCUGUUAUUCUCAAGUGUUAUUGUUCAACUCAUGCAAUAGUCUUUUGUUUUUUGUUUGUUUUUUGUCUGUAGGUCACUGGGAAAAGAGCCAGAUGUUUAACAAAAUUACAGUUCAAAUUAUACUAUGACAGUAAGUCAUUUUGUAGUUUAUUUCAUAUAUACAGAUAAAGGAUUAGAUAUUCCAAGCAUAUAAUGUAAAGAUAAUCUGAAUUUAACCUCUCAAUUGAAUUUAUUUGGCUCGUGACUACUUUUAUAUGGAUUUAAAUGAUUUUAAUGAGUGCAGUUCACUGCUCCAGUACUGCUUUUUCCCAAACAUCUAUGGUAAUUUAUGUGUGUGGCAAUACAUAAUGGGUUAUAGUGCUAGACAUGAUUGUCUAGCCUUGAAGCUGGCAGAGCUGAUGAAAUCCUUAAUGAUUAAGGGGUAACUUUUUAGAAUGAGAUUAUUCUAUAUUUAAUAAAUGAAUACUGAAGAUUUAAGUUAAUGAAGUUAAUGUUGAGGAAGAUAUUGUUUGAAUGUUCAUAAUGUAAUUUUAAGCCUUUUGUUCUAUUGCCUAAUAACAUUUAUGUGGCACUUGAAGUUGACAUUUCCAUAAUUGAUUAUUUAUUUGGUUUGCUGUGGUCCUGCCUAUACUAUGUAAUGAAAAGCACUGUUAAGACAUACAGUAUUCAUAUUCUAAGUGCCAAGUUUGAAGCAGGGAGCAGUCUGCGUGCCCUUGUUAUUUGUGUGUCACUUGAAUCAUUUGAAUGUAAGUUAUUAAAUGCAUCCAUUCUUCUGUAGGGCCAUAUAUUUGUGUAUAUAUGUUCAUUUGCAUUGUAAAUGUACGCAGCAUUCAGAGUAGUAAAGAUACCUUUUGUAAAGAAAAGUAUAAAACAAAAAUACAGGGAUUAUAAGAGGGAAAGAAACUAUUUUGUGCAGGGACUGAACAGAUUGUAUUGUCAAUAUCAAUAAAAAAAUAUA